AUGGGGGCCUCCGAUGAGGAUGUUGCCAAAGCUGACAAGGGAAGGGGCAACAUGGAUAUGGGCACUGAGGGAGCCAUCGACGACGGUAAUACUGAUACUAAAACCCUGGAUUUUGUUGACUUGGACUCGGUUGACAAUAUGAAGAUGGCGAAAGAUGUGAAUGACUCUAUUCCUAUGAUGGGCCUUGAAACUGGAAUUGAUUGUUCCCUUGUUGAGGAUGUGCCCAAGGUGGUGGAGGUGUUUGUGGAUGAGAAGGCUAUUGAGUUUCCCCAGGGGGCCCUUCCAUGGAACAAAUGGAAAAGUUGUGCUCCGAUCUUGAUGCUCACCCUCUCUCUAUUGAGAGAACGAAUUGGAGACUCAAAGGAAGAGAAAUGGGAGGCCAGUUGGGAAGCUAUGAACUGGGCGAAGUCUUCCCAGACAGGAUUUAUUAAAGGAAGAUAUAUCCUGGAAAACCUUAUAACCAGUUGGGAAGCUAUGAACUGGGCGAAGUCUUCCAAUCAGGAUGCUGUGAUACUUCUCGUAGAUUUCGAGAAAGCGUAUGAUAGAAUAGAAUGGAGCUUUAUUGACAUUAUGCUUAUGGCUUUUGGUUUCCCUGUCCUGUUCCGCAAUUUUAUCAAGAUUCUACUAAAAGAUGCUAUGGCUCAAAUUGAUAUAAAUGGGUCUCUCUCUGAUCCCUUCUCCCUGACCAGAUCUAUAAGACAGGGCUGUCCACUUGCCCCUGCUCUCUUUGUGAUUGCCUCUGAAGCUUUAUCUUUCAUCAUCACUGACAAUACUCUCUCCCCGGCUGUCAAAGGUAUCACAUUGCCCAACAAUGAAGAGCUGAACAUAUGUCAAUUCGCUGAUGAUACCAGUUUAUUUGUUAAAUUGGAAGAUUUAAACUUUUGUCACCUUAAAAAAAAACUUGAUCUCUUCUGCUCAAUCUCCGGAGCUAAACUGUCUCAGGCCAAGUGUAUCUGUCUUGGCUGGGUCGAACAUCCUCCGGAUUGGUUUAUGCAUUAUGGUUUUCUGUGGGGAGGCCCCAACAAUAUAGUCUGUUACCUGGGUAUCCCCGUUGCUGUUGAACCUUCGCUUAAGGACAUGUGGCUCUCGAUCAAGUCAAAAAUCACAAAAAAACUCAAUAGCUGGUACAACAAAACUCUGUCGCUCGCUGGUAGACUCCAAGUUUGUCAAAAAAUUCUAUCAUCUUAUAACAUUUACUAUGCCUCGGCAUGGAUGUUUAACAAUUACCAAAUUGUGGAAAUUCAGAAGGCCAUUAGGAACUUCCUAUGGUCUGAUGGUAAAGGCAACAAAAAACUUCACGCGGUAAAAUGGGAUUGGUGCAGAACUGAUAAAAUUUUUGGGGGAUUAGGUCUGAAGGACCUCAAACUCCAAGGCAUCGCUCUGGCCACCAAAUGGGUCUCUCACUAUGUUGAUGGUGAAGAACCAUGGAAGGUGCUUAUCCGAAACAAUAUUUUAAGAGGCUACCCCAAGAAGGCUAAAUCUUGGAAAAAUCUCCCAUUUGCUGAUAUUUUAUUCGGUAAAUUUACCUCUAUUGUACAUGGAUCUGCUAUUUUUAAAACCAUAUGGAAAGCUUGGGAGGAUUCGAGACAUUAUAUUACGGAUAACCUCUUCUACACAGGUAACCUUCUUCAUGGUGAGAGGUCCAUCUGGUGGAAUCUGUUUCUCCAGGGGAAGCUGCUUGCCCUGACUCAAGGAUGCUCGGCUAAAAUUUGGAAUAGAUUAGGUAUUUCCACCUUCAUCGAUUUAUUUGAGAAUGACUGUCUGAUUAAGUGGGAUGAAUUAAGAAUCAAGUACAAUCUUCCUGCUGCUCAUAAAAAAACAUAUAACAUGAUUACUAGAGCUUGCACCAAUAUACCUUCAAUAUGUCUCAUAGACUCGCAUAGAUUUAUAAACAGUAAAUGGCCGGAUGGAACUGUGCUGUGGAAAACAAAAGCUAAAAAUGUGUACAAUACCAUGAAUAACAAUCAGGAGAUUAUUAAGCAUGUCAAUACUUGCUGGUAUACCUCACUGGAUACGAAGCAAUGGAAUAAAAUUUUUUAUCGAAACUGGAAAUCCUACAUCGAUCCCAAGAUCAAAUGUUUUAAAUGGCUUAUUUUGAUCAAUAGGCUUCCUAUCAGCAGUUACUUGGUCCCUAAUGAUCUCUGUAAGCUUUGUAACAGACAGGAAUCUUACAGGCAUAUUUUCUUUGAAUGUAAAUUUGCUCAGAAGGUGUGGGCUCUGUGUGGAGUAACUUAUCCCAAGUACAUUGAUAUUUUAGAAAUACUGACUGGAUAUAUUCAUGGUCUCAAAAAUGAUUCUAAUAUUUUAUGGUUUAUUAUCUCGUCUAACAUCUUGUGGCAAUUAUGGAAGUGCAAGAAUGAAGAAAGGUUUCAAGGCGUGCAUAGAUCUCUUACUGAGUUAUUCUUAAAACUCACCCUUUUGAAAAUUUCUUCGCAGUAUUGGGUCAUGGCUAGGAAAGCCAAGGGAGCUGCUCGUGUUGGUGGUUACAAUAGAGGCAGAGGUGGGGGAUGUGGUCAUGGUUCAGGCCGCCAUAGUCCUUCGCCACCACCCACUAAUGCGAGUGUGGAUCAGGAUUAG